AUGGCCGACCCUCUCCUUGCAGUGACCUCGCAGACGGCCACUGGUGCCCAGCGCCGAGAGGAGCCGCUCCGUGGGCAUGGGCAGAAGGACAGAGCCUCUCCAGACCCACAGCACUCCUUGCUGGAGGCACUCUCCUUGCUUGGCAGCGAUGACUGGGAGAUGAAGGAGAAGGGACUCUACAACAUCAAACACCUGGCUGGGUCCCAUUCAGAGGUCCUGCUGUGUAGACUUCAUGACGUUUGCUUGGCAGUUACCAACGAGGUGGCCAACCUCCGUUCCAAGGUGUCCUACUCUGCAAUUGUCACUCUGGGAGAGCUCUUUGUGACCUUGAAGAAGAACAUGGACUCUGAGGUGGAUGAGGUUGCUCGGGUCCUUCUGCAGAUGGUGUCCAACUCCCCAGAAUUUGUUCAGAAAGCAGCCAGUCAGACCCUGGGGAUCAUGGUGGAGAAUGUGACUCCUGCACGAGCAAUGACUGCUCUCAUGGACAUGGGAGUCAAGUAGGUUGUUCUUCUUUUAGUGAUAUUCUUCACCUUCUAGUGUGUGGGAGGGAGAAGGGAUGAGACAGAGAAUGGGAAUGGUGGGAGGGAAGGGUCCUGUAUGCUGCAUCUUCUGUGAACUCAGUGACUUCAUUCUCCAAUCAACAUCAUUUCUCUCUUCUUGUCACCUGUUUCUGCCCUCCUGCAGCCUAUCAGUUCUCAGAAUCCCAGAACUUUAGAAUAUGGGGAGUUGGAAGGGGCUCAUCAGGACCAUUGAGUCCAGCUCCUGGCCUUGCACAGAACAGCCCAAGGGUCACACCAAGUGCCUGAGAUUGUUGUCCAAAUGUUUCUUCAACUCUGUCAGGCUUGGUGCUGUGACCACUGCCCUGGGGAGCCUGUUCCAGUGCCCAACCACCCUCUGGGUGAAAAACCUUUUUCCUGAUACCCAAAUGAAAGCUCCUCUGACUCAGCUUCCUGCUGCUUCCUGGAGUUCUCCCAGGCUGUCAGAUUUUCCUAGCUGUGGUGACUGGUGGGGAAGUGAAAGUGCCUGCAAAGCCUGAGGAUAGAGCCUUGUCCUUUUGUGGCAAGAGGGACAAUUGCAAUUGCAGCUGUGAGUGGUGUUUGGUAUUUCACAGCACUAACCACAGGGGCCCUGGGAAAACCAUGUCUCCUCAUGAUGCCAUUAGCUUGAGAAAGGAGGAGGGUACUUGCUGGGGCGUGGAGCACAUGGGGGACAAUCUGCUGGGUGUGGCACAGCCUGCACAGCAGGUGCAGCUCCUGCCAAAAGGAGUUUUGUAUGACUGUCCUGGCCAUAGAACUCUACUUUCUAUUCAAACUCAUGUUUCAUGUUAGCCUUGGGAUGAUGAAUCACUUUAAAGGCACCUUCACAGCCUGACUGCCAUGGAACAGUUGAAGCACAUGCUGCCUUAAAUGUUGGUGCUGGGCCUGAUAGUUCCCAAGAGACACUCUCUAGAACAGGACAGCCUGGUUAAACUGCCUGUCCCUCCUUUCCUCAGCUUUGGAAUAGGGUAAAACAUUCAGAUGUAUCCGUUGCCAAGCCUCUCAGAAGAAACAGGCUGCAUUGCUGGAUAUUCUGCAACUUCAUGGCCCACAACAUGUUUUCCCUGCAUUUGUUUCUUCCCAGAGGUCUGCAGAUUUGGGGAUCAUGGGUGGAAAGAGCCUCAAUCCUGCUGCAGCUCUGUGUACUGGCUGCCCUCUGAUGGGUCAGCAUGAGUUGUCUUUAAUUUCUAAAUCAUUCAUAUGUAAUCUAUUUCCUUAAUCUUUCUCAGAGUAAAUACUGUGAAAGGAGCUGGGUAUCAGAGAGUGCAGGGAGACUGAAUUCCUCCCUCUGCCUUGCAGGCAGUCCUUCUGUACAAUGCUAGCUUUGUGUUUACCUGAGUUCAGAACCUUCUAGCGGUGUCUAAAGUUGC